UGCAGCAAGAGUAGUUGGGAUUUAGUUUUGCCAAAUUCCCUCUAGCAUGAACUUCAGAAUUUAUGAAGGAGACAGAAAAGGAGAUUUUCACUUACCUAUUUCACAAUUAAUAUUUAAGGGUAUAAAUGAGGCAACUGAAAUCUGAAAAUCCAGUUUUACUGUGCUUUUUACUGUUCUCAUCAGAGACCAGACAUUUCAAUCAGGUGUAUAUGGAAAUAAUGAAAAACUAAUACUGUCCACACUUGACACAAAACAUUUAGAGAUAGAAAAAACGCAGAUUAAAACAUCUGACUUUUCCAAAAUUAAAAAUGUUCUUUCGGGUAACUCCGGAGUAAAGAUAAAAAAAUGUGAAAUGUAGUAAAUCAGGCGAUUUGCUGAUGUCAUGCACAUUUGGCUCAAAGGUAUUUGAAUUUAUACAUAUUCUCCAGAUGUGCGCAAUCACACCAAGGCCUCGGCCGUGCCCCGUCACUGCCCGAUGCUGGGCCCGCGAAGUCCUUCCGCCGCCCCGCGAGCAGGGAAGGUAAACGGAAGCUACCUUCUGUGGUUUCGCACAGGUGAGUUCGGCGUUCACACUCGUCCCACCGAAAAAGAAACAGACAUUUAACAGGUGGAGCUGCAGACGUCCCUGCCCCGCACACCGCCGGCAUCUGCGCACAGACGUCUCCGCACCCGGGCCGCCCCUCCGAGCCCGCGGACCCACAGGCACGCACAAAGGGUUUUUUAUUUAAGCCGUUCUCAAACUGUUGAGAAGGAAGUAGCUCCGCACUCCACAUCGCCGGCGCCAACGCUAAGCUGUUAGCUCAGAGUACCCGAAUCAUUAACUUGAACCAGAGUAGGGCAGCCCGCCCACAGAACAGCCUUGCACAUCCCCCAGGCCCUGUGGGCGGAAGUACGCGCAGACUCGAAACGUCCUGGAGGUGGGGCGGAGGCACGCGCCCGCCUCGCACAAGCCCCUCCCUCCAGGCCCCGCCCCACCCGCGCUCGCCGUUUCCGGCCCACCCGGAAGCAGAUUUCCCGGAUGGAAGGGCGUCUGCGCUGGCGUGAGUUUCAGCAGUUCCAGUUGUGCCUCGCACGUCGCUGCCCUCAGCGUUGCGUCUUUCACGCCCGGAGUCCCGGGCCUCGCGAACCUUACAGCCCCCACCUCCGCCAGCCGUGCCCGCGGGGAGCCCCGCCCGGUCGCUAGACGCUGUGCUGCUGGUCUGGAUCCGCGUCUGUUUCCGGUGACCUUUUACCGCAGUGGGCUGUGAACUGUUUCCCAGAUCUGAAUCAAAGCUCUGUCCUCUCCACUGAGAGGCUCACAGGGAAAUAAGAGGAUACAGUGCCCAGAAUCCAGCUGUCACCUCUGCAGACAUUUAAACAACUCUCCAGUUCCUCAGACCCCGCAGCUCACCCAAGAAGGCAAAAGAUUUUGAUUUCUUCAUCACAGUACAUGUAUACAGUGGGCAGAGAGCAAAGCUUGGUAAUCACCUUGGCACUGCCUGGCUCUGUGAUGCUGAGGACAUUCUCAUUUCUGUGCAUUACAGAAGAGAUUCAGAUUUCCAGAGUUUGUAAGCUUUGGAAGAUGCUAGUUGAGCAUUCUGCACUAUGGAGACAUGUACCUGACACCUUACAGGGAUAUCAGCAUUGCAAAUCAGAUGUGAUUUUCCCGUUGGAGCAAGGAGAAGAGCUGUGGAGAGAAGGAACUGGAUUUCUCCAAGGCCAGAGUCCAGUUAUUUUAGGCAGGGAAAGUGCCCUUAAAGAACAAGAAUUGAUAGCCACACAACAUAUCGGCAGGAAGGACACAUCUACAGUCAUGCCAGUGCAGAAAUCUCAUACUCCAGAGGAUCCCUUUGAAUAUAAUGGUUUGGAAGAAGAUUUCACUCAUACCUUCAUGUUGACUCAGCAUUUGUUAACUCACACAGAAAAGACACCUUAUAUCAGUCAACAGUGUCCAAAAUCCCUUAGUGACCAGUCGUACCUUAAUCAACAUAAGCAAAUUCACACUAGAGGUAAAUCAUGUGAGUGCCAUCUGUGUGGAAAAGCCUUUAGUAAUUGCUCGAGCCUUAGGAGACACGAGAUGACUCACACUGGAGAGAAACCAUAUGAAUGCCAUAUCUGUGGGAAUGCCUUUAUUCAAAGCUCUGACCUUAGAAAACACAAUCUAACUCACACUGGAGAGAAACCAUAUGAAUGUCAUUUAUGUGGGAAAGCCUUCAGUCAGUCCUCCAACCUCAGACAGCACGAGAGAACGCACACUGGAGAGCAGCCAUAUGAAUGUCAUCUAUGUGGGAAAGCCUUCAGUAAAUGCUCUGCCCUUCGACGACACGAGAGAACUCACACUGGAGAAAAACCAUACGAAUGUCAUCUUUGUGGGAAAUCCUUCAGUCAGUGUUCUGCUCUUAGACGACACGAGGGAACGCACAAUGGAGAGAAAAUUAUGAAUGCCUUCAGUAAAUAUUCUGACCUUAGAUAACAGGAUAUUAAAAAUGUAACGAAUGUGGGCGAGACUUCAACCAUAGCUUUAACAUUUAAACACACCAGAGGACUUGAACACUGAAGAAACUGUAAUCAAUGUAGAAGAUCCUUUAGUCAUUCUUACUCAUUUGACGUCCACAAACUUACAUGGAAGAAGUCCCUACAUGUGACAUCUACGCAGCAAAACCAUAGCAGACAUGAGAGAACUCACUCUGUGAACAUAAGGAAUGGAGAGGCUUCAGCAACAGCUCUCAACUUUAAACACAUUAUUGGGCCUGCAGAGGGGAAAGCCCCUAGGUCUGUAAUCACUGUGAACAGUAUGCACAUGGUGCACACGAGAAGACUCAGUGAAGUCUAAAAGAACACUAACACCACAUUAAGAGGAUCAAUGCUCUUGAGGAAUAACAAUUCAUAUUGCAGUGAAAAAUCAUGAGAAGCCCUUUGUUCAUAGAGAAGCAUUUAGGGCACAUGUGAGGAUUCAGACUGUACACAUCACUCAGUGUCGGUGAUCACGUAUUUCUCAGCCAGCAGUAAAGUUCUUACAUGAGAUGGCAGUCGUGAAAUCACAGUGGAGAGAACUUCAGGCAGAUUUUGUAUCAGGAAACUAAGUCUAGGGUAAAACCUCUAAAAUUAGAGCCUUUAACACAGUGUAGCCAAUAAUUCAGGAUUUUGAGAAAAAUAACUACUCAUGGGGAAAAUGUGGCAUAUAAAUGCAAAAAAAGUGAUCCAUGCAUAUUGAAUACAGAAUUUUGUAAGAGAUACUUUUUCAAUACAUUAUUUCCUGUAAAUAUUAAACAAUAAACCCUGUUGCUGAAAAAUCUCA